AUGACUGGUGAUAAUAACGAUAUUCCUGAGAAUGUCAGAGGCGUUGUUGAAAUUGACUCUUGGUUAACUCCUUUUGCUAAGGUUCUCUCUGAGAGAAGGUACUUGGCAGAUGAGUGGAGAUAUAAGAUUGAACACAGUACGAAUUCAGAAGGCAGAGAUACCACUUUGGCUCAAUUUGCUCGUGAUGCUUAUAAGAGUUUUGGGUUGCAUGCAGAUCCUGGUAGUCUUGAGAUUCGUUAUAAAGAAUGGGCUCCCAACGCCGUGCGAGCCUUUUUAAUAGGUGAAUUCAACUCAUGGAAUGAAAAUGCUAAUGAAAUGCAAAGAGAUGAGUAUGGCAUUUUUACCACUGUUGUGCCACCUGUCGUUGAUGAUAGUGGGAAUAAACAAUAUGGAAUUCCACAUGAUUCUAAGGUGAAGGUAUGCUUCCAGUUAGCUGAUGGUUCUAGGAUCUAUAGAUUGCCAGCAUGGAUUACAAGGGCUACGCAACCAGAUAAAGAAACCGCGAAGCAGUGGGGCCCCUCCUAUGAGGCCAGGUUCUGGAAUCCUCCAGUUCACUACUCUUUUAAAAACAAGAGACCAGGAUUCAUGAGAGACACUGAUUCGUUGCGUAUCUACGAGGCGCACGUAGGUAUCUCUACUCCAGAACCUAAAGUUGGUUCUUAUAAGGAGUUUACCCAAAACGUUUUACCUCGUAUUAAGGAUUUAGGGUACGAUGCCAUUCAAUUAAUGGCUAUUAUGGAACACGCAUACUAUGCUUCUUUCGGUUACCAGGUGACCAAUUUCUUUGCCGCUUCUUCCCGUUUUGGUACGCCUGACGAGUUGAAAGAGUUGGUCGAUACUGCUCAUGGAAUGGGAAUUCUAGUGCUCUUGGAUGUGGUUCAUUCUCAUGCUUCUAAAAAUGUUACUGAUGGCCUAAACCAAUUCGACGGAUCCGAUCAUCAAUAUUUCCAUUCUUUGGCAUCUUCUCGUGGUGAACAUCCUUUAUGGGAUUCUAGGCUAUUUAACUAUGGGCAUUUUGAAGUACAAAGAUUCCUACUUGCUAAUCUAGCAUUUUACAUUGAUGUGUAUCAAUUUGACGGGUUCAGAUUCGAUGGUGUAACAUCAAUGCUAUACUUGCAUCAUGGUGUUGGUGAAGGUGGUGCCUUCAGUGGUGAUUACAAUGAGUACUUAUCUAGUGAAAGAUCUUUUGUUGAUCAUGAGGCCUUGGCAUACUUGAUGUUAGCUAAUGACCUUGUCAGAGAAUUGUUACCAGACAACGGAAUCACCAUUGCAGAAGACGUUUCAGGGUAUCCGACUCUUUGUAUGCCACGUCAUCUGGGAGGCGCUGGUUUUGAUUACCGUCUAGCAAUGGCGUUACCUGAUAUGUGGAUCAAACUUUUGAAAGAAAGCAGAGACGAGGACUGGGAAAUGGGUCAUAUUGUUCACACCUUGGUAAAUAGAAGGCACCGUGAAAAGGUUGUCGCAUAUACGGAAUCUCAUGAUCAGGCUUUGGUUGGUGAUAAGACCUUGGCAUUCUGGUUGAUGGAUGCGGCCAUGUAUACCGAUAUGACAAUUUUGAAAGAGUCCACGCCAGUUGUUGACCGUGGUAUUGCUUUGCACAAGCUUAUUAGACUAAUUACCCACUCUUUAGGUGGUGAAGCUUAUUUGAACUUUGAAGGUAACGAGUUUGGUCACCCUGAAUGGUUGGAUUUCCCUAACGUUAACAACGGCGAUAGUUACCAUUAUGCUAGAAGGCAGUUCAACUUGGUGGAUGACCCUUUGUUGAGAUACCAAUACUUGUAUCAGUUUGAUAAGGCUAUGCAAACUACUGAAAAGAAUUAUAAAUGGUUGAAUACACCACAAGCGUAUGUCUCUUUGAAACACGAAGUUGACAAGGUCAUCGCAUUCGAAAGAAAUGGACUCUUGUUCAUCUUCAAUUUCCAUCCGACAGAAUCCUUCACAGAUUAUCGUAUUGGAGUUAAUGAGCCAGGUUGCUACCGUAUCGUAUUGAACUCAGACAAGCAUGAAUACGGUGGCUGGGAUCGUAUCGAUGAGUCCCAAUCCAAGUAUUUUACUACUGAUUUGAAAUGGAACGAAAGAAACAAUUUCAUCCAGGUUUACAUUCCAAACCGUACCGCAUUAGUUCUCGCCCUUGAUUCAAGAGUGAGGAAUGGAAAUUAG